UGUGUGAAGCUGUUAAGUGCUGACCUCCCUUAUUUUAAAAUCCUAUUUGGCAAGACAUAUGAUGAGGAACUGAAUAUUUUCUUCUUUCUAAAGCAACUAGAUGGCUACAUGCAGAAAUAACAGUAGGAAAUGAAAUGGGGGGGAAAAAGAAGAAAAGAAUAUAACAGGAGCUCUGAGCACAUUUCACCUUUGUCUUUUAUUUACACAAGCAGGGAGCACUGUUUUGAGGCGGUUUCAAGACCAAGGCCUCCCCCCAUAGACUUUUUUUCAACCCCCCUUUAAGUACAUGCAAACAGGAAGCCCUGGUCUCGUCACUCCUCAGUCAAUGCAGUAUUCAUUCUUGCCGAGAAGGCUAAGAUGGAGGCUGUACAAAGGGAUUACUGGUACUCACUGGCACUUUUGACUUUUCUCAUUAUUCUCAAAGCAUCGCUUCAGAAGAGUGGUGAUGAAACCGUAAGACUGGAGGAUGGGAUGAUCCUGGAGUGUUUGUGUCCCUGGGAUGGGAACCUCAGUAUGGUCUCCUGGACCAAAGUACCCGGCAAAAACCCCAUAGCUGUUUACCAUCCACGGUUUGGGCCGAACCUUGCAGUCGGGUACAACGACAGGCUGGCGUUCCUGAAUAGAACCUCUAUGGAUGGAAGCAUCUCAAUCGCCAAUGUCACAGAAGAGGAUGCUGGUCUUUACCAGUGCUCCAUGCAGACCUUUCCUCUUGGGACAUGGACUAGAGAUGUCCAGGUGAUAAAAGAGAAUUUUUUGCCUCAUUCGGAAGUGACUAUGAUGGUGGGUGGGAAUCUGACUGUGGUAUGCCCCAUCUACAAUUACACUGUCAGUGAAGACUUCAUCAGUGAGAUCCUCAUUAGGAAGGAUGACCAGGAGCACAUCAUCGGCAGGUGUAUACUGCAAGAUGGCACUUAUGUGUUGAAGGACCAGCAUGAGACGAUACCAGUCAACUGUGCCGAUCCCCACCUCGGUGUGACCUUUGAACUCAACAACUUGAUCAUUGCGGACGAAGGCCGAUACCGGUGUUUGAUGAGCACCGAACACGGCGUUGAAAUCUUCACAUAUCAACUGACUGUCCACUCUCAAGAUGAACUUCACACACCCACUAUUGGUCCUGAGGAAGCUGGGUCUUCCUCAACACUACAUCAAGUACAGGUGUUAGAAGAUGUAAAUCCAUCUGAGGGAAUACCCGUCACUGAAUUGCCCCCCUCAGAUACUGCCCAUGAUGUGACUGAUCCUUCAGCUCCAGCUGAGAGAAUGUUUACCACUGAUUCAGCCUCUUCAGCCACAACUAACUCUGUGCGUCAUCCUUCAGGUCCAGUUGAGGGAAUGUCAACCACAGCACUGGCUUCAGUCAUAGCCAUCACUGUGCCACAUACCUUAGCCUCUACUAAGGGAAUGUCAACCACUGAAAUGGCUCCCUCAGUGGGAAACACCAUUGUGGCUCUUCCACAAGCUCCAUCUGAGGGAAUGCUUUCCACUGAAUCAGUCAUAGCCACCACUGUGCCUCAUCCUACAGAUCCACCUUUAACUGAAGCCAUGUCUACCACUAAAUUGGCUCCUGCAGUCAUAACCACCGCUGGGUUUCAUCUCCCAGAGGGCUGCAGGUCCCCACCACAAUUCGGCCCCUGUAGGGGUUCCUUCCCUCGGUUCUACUAUGAUGUCACCACUCAAAGCUGUGAGAGUUUCAUCUAUGGUGGGUGUCGGGGUAAUUCCAAUAGCUUUUUGACUCAAGAGGAGUGUGAGUCAACAUGCAAAAGCAUAACUGGUCCAUCUGAGGGAGUGACCACUGAAUUGACUCCCUCGGUCCUAGCCACCACUAUGCCUCAUCCCCCAGCUCCAUCUGAAGGAAAGUCAACUACUGACUUGGCACCCUCAGUUGUAGCCAUCACUGUACCUCCACCAGCUCCAUCUGAGGAAGCAUCUUCCACUGAAUCGGCUCCCGACGUCGCCACUACUGUGCCGCUUCCUCCAGAGCCAUCUGAGGGCAUAUCUGCCACUGAACCUGCUUCCUCAGCCAAAGCUACCACUGUGCCUCAUUCCACAGACAACGGCUAUUCUUGGAUGGACUUCCUGGACAUCCCUGAGGAGUAUCGGAUCUACGUGUACGCUGGGUCUGGGGCAGCUGGGCUGCUGCUCCUCCUGCUCAUCAUCAUACUGGUCUGCUUGUACAGGAGGAAAAAGAGACGGGAGGCAUACAGAGUCAAACUCCAUCCCGGGAGAAGAUGGCGCGACUCGGAGCAGGGUGGCUUCUACGACCGCAUGAGGAAGGGCACCAGGUGGGGCAGACAGGAGCCCAUUUAUGCCAACGUUCGCACGGGACACAAACACAAGUACAAGCCCAAGCAGAAGAGGAAGAGAUGAUUCCACUACCUCUCUGAAACUCACGCUGCACCCUGCCAAAAAAAAAAAAAAAGUUUUGUUUGUUUUAAGGUCAAGGCAAACCCCAGGGGAUCUGAGGACAGUGUGUUUCAUGUGACGAAAGCGCAAGAGUGAAAGUGAAGCACAUGGAAUGAGCUGUGAUGUGAUGGAACUAACCUUGAUGUGAAUUCUAAUACACACUCCCAAGAAAAAAACCUCCAACAAAGAAGGAUAACCAACCAUUACGGAAGUAAUGUUUCCCUAAAAGACCCAUCACUACUUUAAUAUUUAGCAUAAUGUUCAUCUUAAGGCUACCACUGACCUCAUGCUAUAUAACAAUGCAUCUAAAUCCAAUAGUAGAAUUGCAAUUUCUCCCUUUAGCAGGAGUUUUUUUCUGAUUAUUUUAUAUGUUAAAGGGUGCAGAGUACAAGGGUCCAUUUUCAAUACCAGGAACCCUCUACAGUCAAGGUCAUUAGCUCUCAAAAAAUCUAUACAGCGGACAGUAAAAGAGCAUAGUUGUAAGUUCCAUCCAAUGACUAAAAAAAAACAUAAAAAAAACAAUGGAUAAUUUAUGCUUAGUCAGAACCAAAGACACAGGAAGAAACCAAAAAUGGCUAAGACCAAUUUUGGCUUUGUUUUGCUGUAGAACGUAAGUGCAUGACACCAUGCGCAACAUAUCCAUGUUUUCUAUACUCAUUGGUUCUUGCAGAAAGGUUCUUCUGGAACUUCUCCGCAAAACACUCAAUGAUUCUAGAUAUCCGUUUGGUGCACAGCACCCAGAAUGGCAGAUCCCUCACUGAUCCACCAGAACUGAGCCAAAUCGGGCUGAAUCAGGGAUGGAUCUCUUCCAGAAUCAGCUGAUGGCCACCAUUCCUCAGAUCCCUCAUUGUUCCUGUCUGACGCCUCUGACCGUGAAUACCAGUUCUGUGGCAGCCCAGGGCUGUAGGCGUGGAUGAAUUCGCUAUUCACUGCCAUUGUAGCUGAAUGAGGUAAGAGUGGUCUGCCUAGUUUCUUUAUCUGUGCAUAAAUAGAACCAUGGACUGUAGAGAUUAGCUGGUCACUUUGCAAUAGUGGCGGAGGGAUGGUAGAGAGUGGACCCUCUGAACAGUUUUUAUUUUAUGUUUUAUUUUAUUUUGUCAUUAUUUAUGUAAAGCUUCCUAUAAAGAGUAAUGUUCAGAGAAACCAUAUGUUGGUUUUUUUAUGUUGUUUGUUCGACUUUUAGUGAAAUAAAAUAUGAAACUUGAAAA